AUGGAUGUGUUGAAGCUGGGUUAUGAACUGGACCAGCUCUCUGAUCUGGUCGAAGAAAGAACAAGACUAGUGUCGGUGUUGAACCUCGCCCCGACCUCAAACGAUAACGUUGCUUUGAAACGACAAUUGAGCUCAAUACUGGAGUUGUUACAGAAGUGUGCAUCCGAUGGCACGCUGAUUUCCCGGUACAAUACCAUACUGGAUAGAAUUCCUGAUACGGCGAUUGACAAGGAGCUGUACAGAUUCCAAGAGUCGGUGGCAAGCAAUGCUGAUGAGGUGUCCAGAGACUCUUUGAAAAAAGUGCGGUUCAAGAACGAUGAAGAGCUUACGGUCAUGUAUAAGGAUGACGAUGAACAGGACGAGGAGUCGCCGCUACCUUCCACGCAUGUUCCAUACAAGGAUGAACCAUCGCAGUCGCAGUCACAGCCGCAACCCAUUGUCUCCAAUCAAGAACUGUUUAUCAACCAGCAGCAGCAGCUGUUAGAGCAGGAUUCUCACUUGGGCACACUGUCUCAGUCUAUUGGGAGGACCCAUGACAUUUCCAUGGACCUCAAUAAUGAAAUCGUUUCUCAAAACGACUCGUUGCUGGUGGAUUUGGAGAACUUGAUUGAUAAUAAUGGUAGAAAUUUGAACAGGGCUUCUCGGUCCAUGCAUGGCUUUAACAAUUCUAGGUUUAAGGAUAAUGGUAACUGUCUAAUCAUCCUCGUGCUGAUAGUGGUGCUCCUGUUGCUUCUAUUGGUGCUAUAA